CUUGAUGGGAAGGGGAUCCAUUCCAAUAGCCGCGGCAAGACUCCCGACCACCGCCGGCCGUAGAGCGUCCACCGCACUUUCUCUACAUCGGAGUGCCGCAAAGAUCUCGCCGUCAUGGCAGCCACGGCCAACGCGUCCUGCAUCCCCGCCUCUCCGCGCCUCCCGGCCAGCGGCGCCGGCGUCCGGAACAGGGGGAGGCUGCCAAUGGCCGCCGUUGGAUGCACUACCGGACGCGGCGGGGUUCACCUGAGGAGCGCCCGGCCUCUCCUAUGCACCUCCUCCUCCGCUGCGGCCGGAGCACGGGGAAGCGGUCGGAUGGAGGACUACAACACCGCCAUGAAGCGGAUGAUGCGGAACCCAUACGAGUACCACCACGACCUUGGUAUGAAUUAUGCUGUCAUAAGUGAUAGCUUGAUUGUUGGCUCACAACCUCAGAAGCCUGACGAUAUUGAUCACUUGAAAAAUGAGGAAAAUGUAGCCUAUAUUCUUUGUCUACAGCAGGACAAGGAUAUCGAAUACUGGGGCAUUGAUUUUCAAGCUGUUGUCAGUAGGUGCAAAGAACUUGGCAUUCAGCAUAUGAGAAGACCAGCAGUAGACUUUGAUCCAGAUUCGCUGAGGAAACAGUUGCCGAAAGCAGUUUCAGCACUAGAAUGGGCUAUAUCACAAGGCAAAGGACGAGUUUACAUCCAUUGCACUGCUGGACUUGGUAGAGCGCCCGCGGUUGCAAUUUCUUACAUGUUCUGGUUCGAGAAUAUGGAUCUUAACACUGCUUAUGACAAGCUAACUUCCAUAAGACCGUGUGGACCGAGUAAGAAAGCUAUCCGCGCUGCAACCUAUGAUCUAGCUAAGAGUGAUCCAAAUAAAGAAGCUUUUGAGACCCUUCCAGAGCGUGCUUUCGAGGGAAUAUCAGUUUCAGAGAGGAAGUUAAUACAAGACCGUGUCCGUUCUCUCCACAAGGCAUGAGAAAGAAAAGGGAAAACAUCAUGAGAGCCGUGACAGGGUACGAGGUAAACUUUUGCUAUAUGAUAGACCUGAUUGCUAGAUUGCUACAAGCUGCUGGAACAUAAGAGGUUUGAGCCAAGCUAUUCUCAGAAUAAAGCUUAUGACCGACCUUGUUGUUGGUUGGUACUGUAAUAAGAAGAAAAUAAAAAGCCAUGAGAAGAUGUUAUCUACCACAUAUGGUGAACUUGGAUGCAGUUUACCACAUCUUUUCGGUCAAAGGUCAUUUAAUUUGUUUGAAGAUGAAUGCAUCGAUAUAGAUGUGAUGUAUUUAUCAUCAUAAUCAUGUUGUUACGGGAAUAUUAGUUCAUGUAUUUAGCCAUUGAUGGCAACAGAUUGAAACUAAGUAUAUUACUCAAAAGUACGAGCAUA